CUCUUCCCGUUGAGGUGGCUGCCCGCCUCGCCUCCUAGUCAGCUCGGCUUUUCAUCUCCUCGGGUCUUCCCUUUUUCCUGGAGCCGAGAGCGGCCGGACUUCUCGCUUCUUUCUCUACGGUGGCCCCAGAGCCCUUGCGUGCGCUCCUUCUGCCGCCAUGAAUGAGGAAUACGAUGUGAUCGUGCUGGGCACCGGCCUGACGGAGUGUAUCCUGUCGGGGAUAAUGUCAGUGAACGGAAAGAAGGUUCUUCACAUGGAUCAGAACCCGUACUAUGGAGGAGAAAGUGCAUCGAUAACACCACUGGAAGAUUUAUACAAAAGAUUUAAGUUACCAGGACAACCACCAGCAUCAAUGGGGAGAGGAAGAGACUGGAAUGUUGACUUAAUUCCCAAGUUCCUUAUGGCCAAUGGUCAAUUGGUGAAGAUGCUGCUUUACACAGAGGUUACUCGCUAUAUGGAUUUCAAAGUGAUUGAAGGGAGCUUUGUCUACAAGGGGGGGAAAAUCUACAAGGUUCCUUCCACUGAAGCAGAAGCCCUGGCAUCUAGCUUAAUGGGACUGUUUGAAAAACGCCGCUUCAGGAAGUUCCUAGUUUAUGUUGCCAACUUUGAUGAAAAAGAUCCUAGAACUUUUGAGGGAGUUGACCCUAAGAAGACCUCAAUGAGAGAUGUGUAUAAGAAGUUUGAUUUGGGUCAAGAUGUUAUAGACUUUACUGGCCAUUCUCUUGCACUGUACAGAACAGAUGACUAUUUAGAUCAGCCGUGUUGUGAUACCAUUAAUAGAAUUAAACUUUACAGCGAAUCUUUGGCAAGGUAUGGUAAAAGCCCAUACCUUUAUCCUCUCUAUGGCCUUGGAGAAUUGCCACAAGGAUUUGCAAGGUUAAGUGCUAUAUAUGGAGGUACCUACAUGUUGAAUAAACCAAUUGAAGAAAUCAUUGUGCAAAAUGGAAAAGUGGUUGGUGUAAAGUCUGAAGGAGAGAUUGCUCGCUGUAAGCAGCUCAUCUGUGACCCCAGCUAUGUAAAAGAUCGGGUUGAAAAAGUGGGCCAGGUAAUCAGAGUGAUCUGUAUCCUUAGCCACCCUAUCAAGAACACCAAUGAUGCCAAUUCCUGCCAGAUCAUCAUUCCACAGAACCAAGUCAACCGUAAGUCAGAUAUCUAUGUUUGCAUGAUCUCCUUUGCACACAAUGUGGCAGCACAGGGCAAAUAUAUUGCCAUUGUAAGUACAACUGUGGAGACCAAGGAACCAGAGAAGGAAAUCAGACCAGCUUUGGAGCUCUUGGAACCAAUUGAACAGAAAUUUGUCAGCAUCAGUGACCUCUUUGUACCUAAAGAUUUGGGAACAGAGAGCCAGAUCUUUAUUUCCCGUGCCUAUGAUGCAACCACUCACUUUGAGACAACCUGUGAUGACAUUAAAGAUAUCUAUAAGAGAAUGACAGGAUCUGAGUUUGACUUUGAAGAAAUGAAGCGCAAGAAGAAUGACAUUUAUGGAGAAGACUAAUAGCAGUACAUAUUAUGUAAUUAGGACAAACUUAAAAUUUGGCAAAUAAUGUAUAUUGUAUGAAAUCAAUAUUGCAAGCCUGCUUUUGUGAUCAAAAUGGAGAUUGAAGAGUGCUAUACCAGUGAA